AGUUGAAUUUUACCUCAAUUCUUUUUCAACUAGAAAUGAGGUUUUGAGUACCAUAAAAAAACUGGCACCGAAGAUGGGAAGACCCCUCAACACAGCUGCGGCAUUGGACUUUGUCACAAAAAACGUCUUCAUCCCAGCUGCAGGCAGCAGAAGGGAUGCCGGUGCUGCACAAAUCCUGGUGCUCAUCACUGCCGGGAAAUCCAGGAACAAUGUUGGGCCGGCAGCAGAGGCAAUGAGACAGGCUGGUAUUGUGCCAAUUGUUGUUGGAGCCAAGAAUGCAGUCAGAUCAGAGCUACAACAGAUCACUUCCGAUCCAGAUUCUGUUUUCAAAUUAAAUACCUUCCAGGAAUUACCAACCAUUCAACAACAGCUGCUGUCUAAAGCUCAGCCAGUGCAUGUGAUAGAGGAACCAAUAAUAAUUAUCAGUGAAGUUGUACCAAAGGAAAUGAGCGAGAGAGACAUUGUGUUCCUUAUUGAUGGAUCAGACAAUGUGGGAGACGCUAAUUUACCUCAUGUCCGUGAUUUUAUCAUAAGAAUAAUUCAGCAUCUGGCCAUUGGACGUAACAAGGUGCGAGUGGGUCUGGCACAGUACAGCGAUGACACAGAUGCUGAAUUCUACCUAAACACUUACUCAUCAGAAGCUGAACUGCUGUCUCACGUCAGAAGCCUCGGACUGAGAGGUGGGGCAACGGCCAACACUGGCUCUGCGCUGGACUUUGCCAUUAAAUACUAUUUUACUAGUUCUGCGGGAAGUCGAAUAAAGGAGAACAUUCCCCAGUUCUUGCUGCUCAUCACUGGUGGAAGGUCCAGCGAUGAUGUGGAGGAGGCAGCAGAUGCGCUGAAGCGGGCCGCUGUCAUGACCUUCGCUAUCGGUGUUAAGAAUGCAGACCCAGCCCAGUUGGAAGAGAUGGCAAUUGACCCAAGUUUGAUCUUCAAUGUGAAGGAAUUCCACUUUUUGCCAGAUGUCGUGAAUCAACUGAUAACACCACUGACAAUGCUGAGUGUUCCAACAGUAGUUAUUGAAGAACCAACAGCACCUAUUGAAGAACCAACAGCAAGUCCUGAGGAAGAACCUCUCACCACUACAGAAGUUCCCAGGAAGGAGAGAAAAUCCAAUAUGAGAGAUAUUGUGUUCCUUGUUGAUGGUACUCCUGGAAUGGGGAGGUCAUUUCCUCAUGUCCGUGAAUUUCUGAUGAAAAUAGUCCAGGAGUUUGAUGUUGGACCUGACACAGAUCACAUUGCUGUUGUUCAAUAUAGUUCUAAUCCAAAACUUGAAUUUGGCCUCAAUGCUCAUUCAACAAGAGACGAGCUUUUGAAUGCAGUAAAAAAACUGCGAUUUAAAAAGGGAAAACCCCUCAACACGGGUGCAGCACUGGACUUUGUCACAAGGAACAUCUUCAUCCCAGCUGCAGGCAGCAGAAGAGAUGCCAGAGCCGCACAAAUCCUGGUGCUCAUCACUGCCGGGAAAUCCAGCGACAAUGUUGGGCCAGCAGCAGAGGCAAUGAGACAGGCUGGUAUUGUGCUCAUUGCUAUUGGAGCUAAGAAUGCAGACACAUCGGAGCUGCAGCAGAUCACUUCUGAUCCAGAUUCUGUUUUCAACCUGGUAAACUUUGAACAAUUGUCAACUCUCUCUCAACAGCUGCUGUCUAAAGUUCAACCAGUGUUUGUGACUGAGGAACCAAUUCUUCCGACCCAAGAAGUUGUACAAAUGGAAAUGAGCGAGAGAGACAUUGUGUUCCUUAUUGAUGGAUCAGACAAUAUUGGAAAUGCUAAUUUGCCUUAUGUCCGUGAUUUUAUCAUAAGAAUAAUUCAGCAUCUGGCCAUUGGACAUGACAAGGUGCGAGUGGGUCUGGCACAGUACAGCGAUGACACAGAAGAUGAGUUCCACCUGAACACUUACUCAUCAGAAGCUGAACUUCUGUCUCAUGUCAAAAGCCUCAGUCUGAGAGGUGGGGCAACGGCCAACACUGGCUCUGCGCUGGACUUUGCCAUUAAAUACUACUUUACUAGUUCUGCAGGAAGUCGAAUAAAGGAGAACGUUCCCCAGUUUUUACUGCUCAUCACUGGUGGAAGGUCCAGCGAUGAUGUGGAGGAGGCAGCGGAUGCACUGAAGCGAGCCGCUGUCAUGACCUUCGCUAUCGGUGUUAAGAAUGCAGACCCAGCCCAGUUGGAAGAGAUGGCAAUUGACCCAAGUUUGAUCUUCAAUGUGAAGGAAUUCCACUUUUUGCCAGAUGUCGUGAAUCAACUGAUAAUGCCACUGACAAUGCUGAGUGUUCCAACAGUAAUUAUUGAAGAACCAACAGCAGUUAUUGAAGAACCAACAGCAGUUAUUGAAGAACCAACAGCAGUUAUUGAAGAACCAACAGCAGUUAUUGAAGAAACAACAGCAAAACCCGAGGAGGAACCUCUUAUCACUGCAGAAGCCAGGAAGAGCGAUAUUGUGUUCCUAAUUGACGGCUCUCCCGGCAUGGGGAGAUCAUUUCAACAAGUCCGUGAAUUUCUAUUGAGACUAAUCCAGGAGAUUGAUGUUGGACCUGACACAGAUCAAGUUGCUGUGGUACAAUAUAGCUCUAACCCAAGACUUGAAUUUGGCCUCAAUGUUCAUUCAAGAAAAGAUGAAGCUUUGAAUGCAAUACGAAAAUUAAAACUGAAAACAGGAAAACCCCUCAACACGGGUGCAGCACUGGACUUUGUCACAAGGAACGUCUUCGUCCCAGCUGCAGGCAGCAGAAGGGAUGCCGGAGCCGCACAAAUCCUGGUGCUCAUCACUGCCGGGAAAUCCAGUGACGAUGUUGGGCCAGCAGCAGAGGCAAUGAGACAGGCUGGUAUUGUGCCCAUUGCUGUUGGAGCCAACCGUGCAGACACAUCGGAGCUGCAACAGAUCACUUCCGACCCAGACUCCGCUUUAAUCCUGGGAGACUUUAAGGAAUUGCCGACUGUUCAACUACAGCUUUUGUCUAAAGUCGGAGCAGUGUUUGUGAUUGAAGAAUCAAUUCCUCCCACUGAAGUUGUACCACAGGAAGUGGACAGGAGAGACAUUGUGUUCCUUGUUGAUGGCUCUGCUACCACUGGGAAUGUUAACUUUGUUUACAUCCGUAAAUUCAUCAUUCAAUUAAUUGAUAAAUUGGACAUUGGAAGAGACAGAGUGCAAGUAGGUUUGGCACAGUACAGUGAUGGUGUAAAAACAGAAUGCUACCUGAACAGUUACUCAACAAAAACAGAACUUGUGAAUUACUUGAAAGGACUCAAGGUAAAAGGUGGCAGGAUGGCAAACACUGGGGCAGCACUGGACUACGUUCGCGCAAAUCACUUUACCAAAUCCGCAGGAAGUAGGAAAGAAGAAGGUGUCCCUCAAAUACUGGUGCUACUUACUGGUUCAAGGUCUAUGGAUGAUAUCAAAUCACCAACAGAUGCCCUGAGGAAAGCUGCCAUAAUAACCUUUGUCUUUGGAGCCAGGAAAGCAGAUAUAGUACAGCUAAGGGAGAUUGCAAGUGACCCCAAUACGGUACUCACUGUAAAGGAAUUUCAGUCCCUGCUGAAGAUACAGGAGCAGGUGUUGACACGAUUAUCAACACUGCCUACUCCACAACUGACUACCGAGCAGCCUAUUAUUAUCAUUAAACAAGUUCUGCCAAAAGUAGAAGGCAAGAAAGACAUUGUAUUCCUUAUUGAUGCUUCGGAUAAUGUCAGGGACACAGAUUUUCUUCAGCUCCGUGAGUUUCUCACACGGAUAAUAAAGAAUGUUGACAUUGGAAGUGACAGAGUUCAAAUAGGUCUGGUACAGUACAGCAAUUAUGCAGAGACUGAGUUCUAUCUGAACACAUAUUCUUCGGAAGAUGAAAUUAUGUCUCACAUGGAAGGGCUCAGACAGAGGGGUGGGAUGCCACUAAACACCGGGGCAGCUCUGGACUACGUCCUUACAAAUCACUUCACCAGAUCCUCGGGAAGCAGGAAAGACAAAGGAGUUCAUCAGAUACUGGUGCUCAUCAUGGCUGGAAGAUCCAGAGAUUACGUUAAGCAAUCUGCAGAUGCGCUGAAGCGAGCGGCUGUUACAGUCUAUGCUGUGGGAACCAGGGACGUAGACCCAGCACAAGUGAAAGAAACCGCAAGUGAUCCCAGUCUGGGCCUCAAUAUAGAGGACUUCCGCUCUCUGCCCAACAUACAGGAGCAGGUGAUGAUAUCAUUGUCAACGCUGCCUGCUACACGAGAACCCACUCGCCAGCCAACUGUUCCUGUCAGACCAGCAGAAGGAACAAUCAAGAGAGACAUUGUAUUUCUUAUUGAUGCAUCGGAUAAUGUCAGGGACACAGAUUUUGCUUUUGCCCAAGAGUUCCUCACACUGAUAAUAGAGAACCUUGACAUUGGAAGUGACGGAGUUCAAAUAGGUCUGGUACAGUACAGCAAUUAUGCAGAGACUGAGUUCUAUCUGAACACAUAUUCUUCGGAAGAUGAAAUUAUGUCUCACGUGGAAGGGCUCAGACAGAGGGGUGGGAUGCCACUUAAUACCGGGGCAGCUCUGGACUACGUCCUUACAAAUCACUUCACCAGAUCCUCAGGAAGCAGGAAAGACAUAGGAGUUCCUCAGAUACUGGUGCUCAUCAUGGCUGGAAGAUCCAGAGAUUACGUUAAGCAAUCUGCAGAUGCGCUGAAGCGAGCAGCUGUUACAGUCUUUGCUGUAGGAACCAGGGACGUAGACCCAGCACAAGUGAAAGAAACCGCAAGUGAUCCCAGUUUGGGCCUCAAUAUAGAGGACUUCCGCUCUCUGCCCAACAUACAGGAGCAGGUGAUGAUGUCAUUGUCAACGCUGCCUGUUACACGAGAACCCACUCGCCAGCCAACUGUUCCUGUCAGACCAGUUGUACCAGGUGGUGCAAGCAAGAGAGACAUAGUUUUCCUUAUCGAUGGAUCAGAUAACGUUGGGAACACAAAUGCACCUUUUGUCCGUGAUUUUCUCACAAGCAUAAUAGAGAAUCUUGACAUUGGAAGUGACAGAGUUCAGAUAGGUCUGGUGCAGUACAGCAAUUAUGCGGAGACUGAGUUCUAUCUGAACACUUAUUCUUCAGAAGAUGAGAUUAUGUCUCAUGUGGAAGGGCUUCGAUUAAGAGGAACAACAACACUGAACACUGGGGCAGCAUUGGACUAUGUCCUUAGAAAUCACUUUACCAGAUCUUCAGGAAGCAGGAAGGGUGAUGGUGUGCCUCAGUUGUUGGUGCUCAUCACCGCUGGAAGGUCCAGAGAUGACAUCAAACGAUCUGCAGAGGCACUGAAGCAAGCUGCCAUAAUGAUCCUUGCUGUAGGAACUGGGAGCACGGAUCCAGCUCAGCUAAAGGAGAUGGCAAAUGACCCCAGUUUGGUCUUCAGAGUGCAGGAAUUCCAGUCUUUGCCAAAUGUGCAGGAACAAGUGAUGACACCACUGACUACGCUGACUGCCUCUCAAGUAUCUACCGAAAGCCCAACUGUUCCGAGUAAACAAGUUUUGCCUGACGAAGAGAUCAAGAGAGACAUUGUGUUCCUUAUCGAUGGAUCUGACAAUAUUGGAAACACAAAUUUUCCUUUUGUCCGUGAUUUUCUUACAAAUGUAAUUCAAAAUCUCAACAUUGGAAGUGACAGAAUCCAAGUAGGUCUGGUGCAGUACAGCACAUAUGCAGAAACUGAAUUCUAUCUGAACACCUACUUAUCAAAAGCUGAAAUUUUGGCUCACAUAAGAAGAUUGAGACUGAAAGGCGGGACUAGACUUAACACAGGUGCAGCAUUGGACUACGUUUUUAGAUACCACUUUAUCAGCUCUGCUGGAAGUAGGAAGCAAAAAGGCAUUCCUCAGUUUUUGGUUGUCCUUACUAGUGGACGGUCCAGCGAUGAUGUCAAACCAUCUGCAGAUGCAAUGAAGCGAGCCGCUAUAAUGAAUUUUGCAAUCGGAGUCAAGAAUGCUGACUUAAUGCAGCUGAAAGACAUUGCAAUUGAUCCCAGCUUAGUCUUCAGUUCAAGUACGUUCUAUUCUUUGCCAAAUAUAGAAGAAGAGGUGACAACACUGUUAUUGACUCUGCCUGCUCCUCGAGCAAUUCCUGAAGAGCCAACUGCUCCCAUUGAACGAGUUAUACCAGACACAAGCAAAAGAGACAUUGUAUUCCUCAUCGAUGGAUCAAAUAAUGUUGGGAGCACAAAUGUCAUGUUUGUCCGUGAUUUUCUCACUAGUAUCAUAGAAAAUCUUGACAUUGGAAGAAGCAGAGUUCAAGUAGGUUUGGUGCAGUACAGCAAUUAUGCAGAGACUGAGUUCUACUUGAAUACAUAUUCUUCAGAAGAUGAACUUCUGUCUCAUGUGAAAGGACUGAGACUAAGAGGUGGAACCUCUCUCAAUACUGGUGCCGCACUAGACUACGUGCUCCGAUAUCACUUCACCCAAUCUGCAGGAAGUAGGAAAGAGGAAGGAGUUCCUCAGAUAUUAGUGCUGAUCACUGGUGGAAGAUCUGGAGGUUAUGUCAGGCAGCUGGAAGAUGCAUUGAAGCGAGCUGCUGUAUUGACCUUUGUUAUAGCAGCCAAGAACACUGAUCCACUACAGCUACAGGAAAUGUCAAUUGACCCAGGUCUGAUCUUCAAAGUGCAGGAAUUCAGCUCGCUGCCAGAUGUACAGGAACAACUCAUGAUAUCAUUAUCAACGCUGGCUGCUCCAACAGUAGUCCACAAACAGCCAACGGUAAUUACCGAAGGACCCACAGGCACAGUUACUCCAGAUCCAUACACAACAGACGGCAAGAAAGACAUUGUGUUUCUGGUUGACGAAUCCGAUUAUGUUGGGAAUUCAAACCUAGCGCCUAUCCGUGACUUCAUCUCCACAAUAAUUGAGAACCUUGAUAUUGGAAGUGAUAGAGUGCGAGUUGGUCUGGUGCUCUACAGCAACACUGCAGAGACAGAGUUUUAUCUAAACACCUAUUUCAGAAAGGAUGAACUUCUGGAUUUCCUGAGAACACUCAGGUUUAAAGGUGGUACGAGACUCACAACUGGGAAGGCGUUGGACUUUGUCCUCAGAUAUCACUUCAUCAGAUCUGUAGGCAGCAGAAGAGAAGAAGGUAUUCCCCAGUUUUUGGUGCUCAUCACUGGUGGAAGGUCUGGAGAUGAUAUCAAACCAGCUGCAGAUGCAUUGAAGCAGAGCGCUGUAAUAACCCUUACUAUCGGAUCUGAGACUGCAGACCUUGCACAUCUUAAAGAGAUAGCCUUUAAACCCAACCUGGCCUUCAGUGUGAGGGAUUUCUAUUCUUUGCCAGGCAUACAGGAACAGGUGAUGAUGUCACUACAAAGACCACAUGCUCCGGAAAUAAUUACCGAAGAGCCGACAGUGCAUAUUGGAAAACCUGUGGUUGACAGUACCAAAGCUUCUACAGCUAGGAAGAGAGAUAUCGUGUUCCUAAUCGAUACCUCUCCCGGAAUGUGGGCAUCAUUUAUUCAGGUCCGUGAGUUUCUGAUGAAAGUAAUCCAGGAGCUAGAUGUUGGACCUGAUAAAGAUCAAGUUGCUGUGUUACAAUACAAUUCCAACCCAACACUUAAAUUUGGCCUCGAUAGUUAUUCCACAUGCGCACAGCUUUUGAAUGCAAUAAAAAGCCUGCGAUUGAAAAAGGGAAGACUCCUCAAUACGGGUGCAGCACUGGACUUUGUCACAAGGAAUGUCUUCAUCCCAGCUGCGGGCAGCAGAAGAGAUGCCGGAGCCACACAAAUCCUGGUGCUCAUCACUGCCGGGAAAUCCAGGGACAAUGUUGGGCCGGCAGCAGAGGCAGUGAGACAGGCUGGUAUUGUGCUCAUUGCUAUCGGAGCCAAGAAUGCAGACACAUUGGAGCUGCAACAAAUCACUUCUGACCCAGAUUCUGUUUUCAAAUUGAAUGACUUCCAGGAAUUGCCAACUAUUCAACAAUGGCUGCUGUCUAAAGCUCAGCCAGUGCCUGUGAUAGAGGAACCAAUAAUUAUCAGUGAAGUUGUACAAAUGGAAAUGAGCGAGAGAGACGUUGUGUUCCUUAUUGAUGGAUCAGACAAUAUUGGAAAUGCUAAUUUACCUCAUGUCCGUGAUUUUAUCAUAAGAAUAAUUCAGCAUCUGGCCAUUGGACGUAACAAGGUGCGAGUGGGUCUGGCACAGUACGGCGAUGACACAGAAGCUGAGUUCUACUUAAACACUUACUCAUCAGAAGCUGAACUUCUGUCUCAUGUCAAAAGCCUCAGUCUGAGAGGUGGGGCAACGGCCAACACUGGCUCUGCGCUGGACUUUGCCAUUAAAUACUAUUUUACUAGUUCUGCGGGAAGUCGAAUAAAGGAGAAUGUUCCCCAGUUUUUGCUGCUCAUCACUGGUGGAAGGUCCAGCGAUGAUGUGGAUGAGGCAGCAGAUGCGCUGAAGCGAGCCGCUGUCAUGACCUUCGCUAUCGGUGUUAAGAAUGCAGACCCAGCCCAGUUGGAAGAGAUGGCAAUUGAUCCAAGUUUGAUCUUCAACGUGAAGGAAUUCCACUUUUUGCCAGAUGUCCUGAAUCAAUUGAUGAUGCCACUGACAAUGCUGAGUGUUCCAACAGUAAUUGAAGAGCCGACAGAUGUUGAAGAGGAAAUGGUCACAACUUCAGAAGCCAGGAAGAGAGAUAUUGUGUUCCUAAUCGAUGGCUCCUCUGGAAUGGGGAGAUCAUUUCAAAAAGUCCGCGAAUUUCUGAAGAAAGUAAUCCAAGAGCUUGAUAUUGGACCUAACAAAGAUCAAGUUGCUGUGGUACAAUACAGUCUCAACUCAAAACUUGAAUUUGGCCUCAGUGUUCAUUCAACAAAAGAUGAUAUUCUGAAUGCAGUGGUAAAAUUGAAACUGAAAAAGGGAAGAACCCUCAACACGGGUGCAGCCCUGGACUUCGUCACAAAGAACGUCUUCAUCCCAGCGGCAGGCAGUAGAAGGGAUGCUGGAGCCGCACAAAUCCUGGUGCUCAUCACUGCUGGGAAAUCCAGGGACAAUGUUGGGCCAGCAGCGGAGGGAGUGAGACAGGCUGGUAUUGUGCCCAUUGCUAUCGGAGCCAACAGUGCAGACACAUCGGAGCUGCAACAGAUCGUGCAUGAACCCAGCCUUGUUUUGAAAUUGAGCAAUUUCCAAGAAUUGCCAACUAUUGAAAAAGAACUGAUAUCCAAGGUUAAAACCAUAGUUAUUAUUGAGGAUGCAACUGCUGUAAAUACUGAAGUUUUGCCUGAGGAAGUGAACAAGAGAGAUAUUGUAUUCCUUAUUGAUGGCUCAGACAACGUCGGGAGCACCAACUUAUUUCUCGUGCAUGAAUUUAUCAGCAAUAUAAUCGAGAAUCUUGAUAUUGGAAGUGACAGAGUAAGGGUAGGUCUGGCACAGUUCAGUCACAAUACCAAAACGGAGUUCUACCUUAAUACAUACUCAACGAAAGCAGAAAUUCUGAGUCACGUCAAAGGACUCAAACUGAAAGGGGGCCCCACACUUAAUACUGGUGCUGCACUGGACUUUGUUUUAAGGAACCUCUUCACUGAAGAUGCAGGAGGCAGAAAAGAGCACAGAGUUCCCCAGUUUCUUGUGCUGUUCACUGGUGGGAGAUCAGUGGAUGAUAUUAAACCAUAUGCAGAUGCACUCAAGCGAGCUGCCAUAGCAACAUUUGCAGUUGGAGUCGGGAAUGCCAGCCUUGUGCAGCUGAACGAAAUUGCAACCAAUCCCAAUUUGGUCUUCAGUGUAAAGGAAUUCCAAAAUUUGCCAAAUGUACAGGAACGGGUGAUGACACCGUUGUCAACACUGAGUGCUCCCACUGUGACUAUCAGAGAGUCAAGAGUCAUUAAUGAAGAAGCACUAAUUCCUGGAGAAAUAGAAGUUACCAGUGCUGAAGCCAUGAGGCAAGAUAUUGUCUUCCUAAUUGAUGGCACCAUUGGAAUGGGGAAAGCAUUUCCUCUCAUCCGUCAAUUUCUUAUUAGAGUAAUUCAGGAGCUUGACAUUGGACCUGACAAAGAUCAAGUUGCCGUGGUACAGUACAGCUCUGAUGCAAAAACUGAAUUUGCAUUCAAUACGUAUGCAAGCAAGGAUGAAGUUUUGGAUGCGACAACGCAGAUUAGACGUAAAACAGGAAGAGUCCUCAACACUGGCGCUGCACUAGAGUAUGUCACAAGAAAUAUCUUUACCACAUCUGCUGGCAGUAGACAAGAUGCUGGAGCUAAGCAGAUUCUGGUGCUUAUUACUGCUGGGAGGUCCAUGGAUGAUGUUAACUCAGCAGCAGACAUAGUAAAGCAAGCUCAUAUUGUGCCCAUUGCAAUCGGAGCUAAGAAUGUUGAUCCAUCAGAGCUACGGCGGAUUGCAUAUUCCCCUGAUUUUCUCAUUGUAUUAAAAACCUUUCACACUAUACCAACUUUCCAACAACGGUUGAUAUCAAUGCUGAAAUCAAUUUCAGUUUAACCAUUUCAAGAUCAACUCACUGACUACAGAGUGUCCUGCUUCUGAAUUAUUAUAUUACGUCAUUCAAGCUGCUUUUCCUACAUUAAGCUACAAAAACAAUGAAAAAGAAUUGCUUGAAUGAAUCACUUCACGAUGAGAAUAAAAUGAAAACCAGUUAUCUUUGGAAGCCACAAUUUUGACAAGAAUUUCCUGCAUAUCAUAGUGAUCUCAGUUAUCAGUCUUAAACUAUAUCUAUACAUCUGGCUUAUUUUAUAAAAUUAUUUGCAAUUAUAGUCUGGUAAAAGGAACAUGGACACAGUGUAAGGAACUAAGUGAUGUUAUUCAACAGGCACAAUUACAAGCUCAUUGUGAAAUAAAAACAGAAAAUGCUGUAAACAUUCAGCAGGUCAGGCAGCAUCAAUAGAGAGAGAAACAGAGUUAACCCUCAGCAGGUCAGACAAACACUAUAGGACUGAAAUGUUAACAUUUUCCACAGAUGCGGCCUGACCUGCUAAACAUUUUUCUGCUUUUAUUUCAGAUUUCCAGCAUCUGGAGAUUUUUCAAUUUUAAAUUACAUUAUUUGCCCACACCAGAACAUUUUUUUUUAAAAAGAUUAAGAGGAUUAAAAGUAAUCCAAGACAUGAUUGCACACCAAGCAAUCUCAGCUAUGAAUGAUUUUCAGUUUUGCUCCUUACUUUAUUUGGAUCAUGAUAUAUAUACCAAAGCUACUUCUCCUUACAUUCAGUAUUUUCAAAUCCAAUUUUUCUUUGCUGCUACCUGCUCGAUAAAUGAUCAGAAUAGCUUUUCCUGCCCAUUAUCUCUUUCUGGCCAUUGUGCCAGUUCUAACUCCAUUGAAUUGGAAAGCAGCACUCUUAAACUUAUCUGG